CUAACAUUGGUGCCAGGAUUUCACAUCCAGAAAGGUGUGUAAGAAGUAAAGCACGCUUAUCUUUUAAUCUGCAUUUUAUAAAUUCUCUCUCUCUCUUAUUGCAGAGCAUUAGAUUAUUGUGUGUGUGUGGGGGGGAGGUUUAUCAUCCUGGCGUCUUUCAGCAUUCUUCACAAAGUCUUAUGUAGGUCAGGCCUGUCUUAAACAAGAUUUCCUGAACCUGUGUCAGAUUAAGCUGAAGGAAUUUUAAUAAACCCUCCCAUGUAGGCGUAGGCCUAAGCGAGACUAACCUAGUUAAGCCUGAUUUUGUUGUGUUUGUGUGUCUGUGGGGGGAAAAAGAGCUGUGCAGAGCUCAAGGCUGAAUGGUGGCUCCAGGAACUGGCUGCUAAUAAAAGGAGAACUGGAAAAUGACGGGGAAAGCUCGCUCGUCUAAUUUUACAGUGUUUGAAAAGCUCGAUUUGCUGAAUCUGGUGAAGCCAUACAUAGGGGUGCUAGAGGAGCACACCAACAAACACUCAGUCAUCAUAGAAAAAAACAACUGUUGGGAGAUCAUCACCGAAAAGUACAACGCCAUGGGGACGGGGCGGCCGCCGCGCACGCCGCAGGGUUUACGCACGCUGUACAAGAGGCUGAAGGAGUACGGCAAGCAGGAGCUGAUGCAGUGCAAGACAUCUCAGGCUGACUACCAGACGACUGUGUCAGAGGCCACAAAGAAACUUGUCCAGAUCAUCCCACAAUUUGGAGGCUUGUGCUUUGGGCGAGACAUCAGCAUAGUGCAAAGUGAUCCAGUUUCUUCAGAGGAGAAUAUGGGAUUAAGCUCACAGUCACUGCCUUUACAAGAGCAACAUGCUUCUGUUACAGUUCAGCUAGAGCCAGAGGAGGAAGAUGUGAAACCACCUCCAUCUUUGCUCAUAGAGCCUCCACCUUCCACUGAGAUCGAAGAACCUGAGGAUCAGCCGUUUCAGCAUACACUAGAGGGAUCAUUAUCUCCUUCCCUUUCCUCUGUGGACAUGAGGUUAUCAAUAUCUCCCCCAGUCCCAAGGAUAGAGGAAUGCUUCAGUCACACUGGGGAACGUUUAAGAUCAACCUGUGGCUGCAGUCCUGAGACCCUGCAAAUGGUGAAGAAAGAACAUGAAAUCGUUCUGAGCAAUCAGAGACAAUACGGGCUUUAUAUCAAGGAGAAGAGGGAAGGCUUGAAGAGAAGGCAACACCUAGAAGAGGAGCUAUUAAAGGCAAAAAUCAAGGUGGAAAAAUUAAAGGCAUUGAAACUGCGACAUGAUCUGCCUGAAUACAGCAAUCUAUAAAACUUUUUUUGUUGAAGGUUUUUUUUUUUUAAUUAUUGUUUUAAUUAUUUGUUGUUUACAAAAGAGACAAAUGGUUUUUUUUUUGCAAAUAUUGUUUACAUCUAUGGAUACUUAUACUGACUGGAAUAUUGGUUAAAUGCAUUCAUAUGUUGGCUUUCAUUCUAUGAUGAAGUACAAUGAUAAUGUAACACGGGGCUGUAACCUGGUCUGCUGAAAAACUCAGGCAGAGAAUUGACCCCUAUGCUGAAAUCAGCCCCUCACCUUGGCUGCAUCAUCCUGGGUGCAGGCAAAAGGAGUGGAUUUCAGCACCAAAAUGCAAGAGUUUCAGCCCUGUGUGACAUUAGCCACAUGGAGGCUCAGGGACAACUGUACUGGUCAAAAUAACCUUCUUCAGAUGAAAACUACCUAUGGCAGAUACAGACACUAUCAUUUGGGGAUCACUCAAGAAGACCUUCUUCCUGAGAGCACUGUAACAGUAACAGUUUACUUUCUCCCAAUCGCAAGUGCUUGAGCACUUAGAGACAUAAGAGCACAGCCCUUAGAGUGGUGGCAGACGGGGAGAUUAGUCUCCCGGUGACAAAUAUUUGCUACUGUGUGCAACUAAUCUCACCGAAAUGCAUUCCCACUGGCGAGAAUUGAAUCACCGCCAGGAUGGCAUAUGAAUCACUUCAGAAAUUUCCGAAUUUGCCUGAAGUUUCCUUGCAAGGCAACUUCGGAAAACCGAAGAGAUCUGUAUGCCAUCCCGCUGGCGAUUUGUAUUCUUGUGAACGGGAAGGCAUUUUGGGGAGAUUAGGCGCACGCAGUAGCAAAUAUAUUUCCCCGAAAUGCCUUCCUGCUUGCAAGAAUACGAAUCGCCGGCAGGGUGGCAUACAGAAGGAAACUUCGGGCAACUUCAGAAAUCCGAAGUGAUUCGUUUGCCAUCCCGUCGGUGAUUUGUAUUCUUGUCAGCGGCCAUCCCGCCGGUAGGGUUGCCAUCUUUUCUGGAAAUAUCGGUCUUCCUAUAUUCUUGCCGUUUUUUCCUAUUAAUAACAUUGGCAUCAAGCAUAAUUUAUACCAGCCAGGCCGGCAAAAUACCGGCCAGAUGA